AUGGAUGCUAUGAAACUAGAUGGCGUACAGUCUCUCCCGCUGGAGUUCAACUCGUACGCCGAGACAGUGAUUUCGAUGCUGCGGGACAGGAGCUCCGGCCUGACGGACGCCAAGUUGCUGAAGCACCUCCAGAACGUGUGGGUGCAUCGUGACAUCGCUAUCCCUGGCUUCUUCAAGUGGCUCCAGGAAAACUUGGACAAGGAGGAUUUCUUCUUGCAGCCGUGGCUCACGUUCGAGGUCAUGGGGAAGACGUCCAUGAAGGGAGGAUACCUUGUCACGGCCCAUCAUUUGACCGGCAACCACAGAAUGCAACCCGACACCAGUGUACCAGUCUGUGCUUAGCCUUUCGAGCCUCAGUUGCAUGGCAACCGAGGCCCGUCCAUUUCCUGGAGCAGUACCGUAAAUGACACAAGAUACCACACCCCCUUGACCGAUUUUCAAAGCUCGAUUACUCCACGACAACGAGGAUGCACGAACGGAACGGUGCAUUUUCGGAAAGCUCUCGAUGAGACGGCUUCAACGCCGCCAUUGUUGUCACUGUGACUCCUUUUGCUGUUGAGGAAUGGGCCUUUGAAAAUCGGUCCAGGGGGUGUGGUAUCUUGUGUCAUUUUUGGUACUCUUAUUGAGAGGCAUGGAGAGCAAUGUUUGUAGUCCACAGCACGUCAUCCAGCAGUAGAUUUGUUCUCAAGAACAGUAGUUGGUUUUACGAGAGUAAUAAUCAGUGAUAUUGCGUAUGUUUCUGUAAUAAACGCCCACAUGCGCCCGUGUCUGGUGUGUUGUCGUGAGCAUCGAACGCGGUGCCUAGCGGUUUGAUGUUCAUAUUUUUUGUCCGCACACCAACGGAAUUGCCGCACUUUAAAUUUCGAAAUGUCAAGAGCCCCGAUCACCAUACAUGUACUAUGCGGACAACAGCAGUGUUGAACAAAUGCUCAAUCGCGUUAGAGCUGCUUUUGGCGGCAACUCGCUGGCGUUUCCCCCCUCCCCCUUCAAAAAAGCAACAUAACACCACGGGUGGGAACAGCUUUGGAGAUAGGUGGCCCCAGGGCGUACAACAUGUUGCGAAGAAAAUAAGGUAGACCGCCCAUCCCCCACCGUGUUUCCCCCCGAUCAUCUAAACUACGCAUGCAAGUUGUCGCGGUGAGACACACAAAAAACAACGAUACACUCAUGGCAGACUUAUUGUUGCACUCUCCGCACCAAGUCAAAACUGUAGUCACAAACCCUUGUGCGUUUCGCAGUGUGUCGUUUUGCCCUCGGUACGGUGACCCUCUCCCUGGUCGGCCUUCUCUUAAACGAUGACGGAACUCAUGUGCAUGUGGCCCACCGGUGCUCUGUCACUUUGGCCUAUUGGCUUGACUCCCGGAACAAUAUUCUAAACCUCAGCGAAAUAUACAGUGGUGUGUAUUGCUGACAUAGUUUCCGCGCCACGGCCCUUCGAAAUAAGU